AUGUAUCGCAACAUGAGUAUUACAUACAACUUUCAGGGUGCUUUCAAGUUUUGCGGAGGUACGAGGCUCGAGUACAAUCAGUACCUCCACUUGCUGCUCUUUUGGCAAAAUGAGCAGUUACAGCGGGACUCAGGGGCAACAAGGAACUGUGCGCACCCUGUCAGGGAGCUUGUAGGACUUCCCUUUGGUGCUGAGGGCGAGUUUUGGGUGAGCUCGAGGGACUUCCUCGACCUUCCUCUUGAGAAACAGUACGGCUCAAAUCCGGAAGGGGGCCUUCCGCGGUACAAAGGGACCUUCUCAAGGGUGCCAACACCGGACGGACUUGGUAUGGAGCGGGAGUACCGCAUCCCCAGCGGAUAUAACUCCGAUGAGCACUUCAACUUCAAUGACGCUAUUUUCUGGAUCCAAUGGACUGCCGACAAUAUACUGAAGCCUUGGGGCAUCACGCUGGAAGGGGAGGUGUGGUACCAAGGGAAUAGCCGGAACCGAACGGGACGGCUCGUCGUCCUGGAAACCGGCUCAAUUAUCCUGCAUGUCGCCCGCCAGAUCCCAAACAUGCUGGGCGCUGCCGCCAGCAAUAGCGUAUGGUUUGCCAAAAGCUUACCCCGCGAGCAGCUCGCAAUGAGGGAUCCCUUCGGCAGGACGCCCCUCUUUUUGGCGCUGUGUCCCGCCCUGCGACCAAACCCGUUGUACGGCGGCACGCCCUUCGACGGCGCAAGCAUAUUUCAUUUCCUCGCCAAUUUAGAUGCGCACCAUCCGGCCGUCCAGCGCUUUCUGGCGCGUCUCGCGCAGACACCCACUCCGGAGGGCUUCCUCGAAAGUUUCGUCUCCAUUUCUCCGGGGCCAGAGCGAGACUUACUUUACUCCGAAGUGCCUGGGGAAGGUCUACAGAAUCCUCUGACAUACGCCGUCUUCUCCGGAAACUGCCUCGUUGUUGAGUGGCUUCUAAACUUAGGAGCGAACCCAGACUGUCACUACAUCUUCGAGGAGUCUGGCCGUUCACUUCCAUCCCCGUCCCUCGCCUCGUGGCCCAUCUUAUACGCCGCCACGUGUAAGGAUACGUCCAUGUUGAGAUCCCUGCUGAGGCGCGGCGCGAACGUCCACGUGGCGAGACGACCAUUCCCGAAUCGGUUGGGCUUUAGCGGGCCGGAAGUUUAUGGCAGCGUCGAGGGUGCGUUUCCGCCGCUGCACCUCGCGGCUUACCACCGCCGUUUUGACGCUGUCCGACUUUUGGUCUUGCAUGGGGCUGACUUCCUCAGGGAGUGCGAACUUUUGGAUCCUAUGCAUGAUGUUGCGUACCUAAGAGGAUGUAAGACGAGUGGAACGGCUAGAGACGCGGCGAUAAUCGGAUUGAAAGACGAGCAUCAGCUCAAACCCAGCUUGGAGAAUGUCUAUGUGCGUGAGGAGGCCGUGACAGACGCGUUAGAGGAGUACGAUGCGGCUGUCCAAACGGAUUUGCGGGAGAGAAGAACAGAGUGCAGGAUUAUUGCAUCCGCUUGGCAGCUAAAAAGUGGAAAGGACGGUGCAGAUGCUUCUUCGGCACAGGCAUCAAGGGAACAAAGUGAAACGAGUCCGUUGAGUCUGCUUGCUGACCACAAAGUACGUGAUGUUAGAAGAGCGAGUCAGUCUGAAAACGCCGCAGCCUGCACAUCCCUUGUAAUCCAUACGCGGUUCCUGAACAAGAGCGGAAACCAUCUGGAUUCCCCUCUUCCGUCCUUUUCGUGUUCUCUUGACGAUCGAACGGAAAGCUCGGAUUCUAAGGUCUCUGGCGGUCGUUCCAAUUGGUCUUCAGAAUUUAGCCGGAUUAAGCUCAGUCCCGAAGAAGACGCCGCCCUUAAGGAGAUACUGGACCGUCUAUAUCGGAUCCUUGGAUGCCCGAGCGGCUCGAAGUGCGCAUGUAAGAAGAUUCUUGGCAUCGACGCCAACGACGAUGUAACGGCCGUGAGCAUCAAGAAGGCAUUCAGGAAGAGGGCUCUGGAGUGGCAUCCUGAUAAAUACCGUACCGCUGCUGAGAAGGAAGAGGCGGAGCGCAGGUUUAAAAUACUCGCAAAAGCACAUGACGCCAUGAAACGCUUCGUUGCACCCACACGCUUUGUCUGACUAGUUAACAAGUUUGCAUCGUGCUGGCUUGCCUAGGGGACUACAUAUUCAGCUUUUUGUAUUGGACUCGGUGCACAUCACGGUUGAUGGAAUUUUCU